UAAACAAAAAAUUUAUGCUUGUUUUCCAGUUGCCCUGACAUUUGCUAACGUACAAUGUUGCACAGCUGAACAAAAUGACGAAAUAUAUUCUCGUUUAAUGAUAAAUCCAUAUGCAUUUGACGAUUAUAACAAUCAACAGAGGUCUUAUGUUAAUCGACAAAUACGUGAAGCUGAUAAAGCUUCAAAAAAUGAUAAGCUUGCAACAAAAUCAAAUGACAUGGCAUUAAAAGGUGCACAAGAUGCAAAAGCAGCAGUUGAUGCUGAAAUAAUUGCUGGAAGACAAGCAUCACAUCAGGUAAAAGCACAGCUUGCUAAAAAAGCUCUUGAUGCUGCAAAAAUAACUGAAGCUGCAUUGGCAGGUAAACAAGCAUUGGUUGAACAAUUAAAAGAAGAAACUAAAGAAACUCAAAGUGUUGUUAAAGAAAGUACAAUAGCACUUAAAAGAGCUCAUGAAAAUUUAAAUUUUGCUAUUAAAUCUGUUCAUGAUUCACGUCAACAACUGGCUAUGAUAAGAAGAUCAGUUGAAACAGCAAAAUCAAAUUUACGUAAUUCAAGAAAAACAGCUAAUGGCGCUAGAAAAUCAUUAAAUGAAAAACAAUUAUUACUUAUUGCUGCUAAAAAAAGAGUUGGGGAAUUAAAACAUCGUUUACAAAAAGCUCAAAUUGAUCUUGAAAAAACACAUCAAAAUGCCAUGAAAGCUGGGGCAUCUGCAAGAGAAGCAAUUGCUAAAGCAAAUCACAUUGAUUCACGUUCAACUCGUGUAAAAAAUUAAACUUUAAAAUAAAUAAAAAAAAAAAAAAACAAUUGUCAAUCUAUUUAUAAUUAAAUUUGACAAUAUUUAUUGGUUAUAAAUAAAAUAAUUAUAAUUUUAAAAAUCAAAUAAAAAUGAUAGGAAAAAUUUUAAUAAUUGGAUUAUUAUUAAAAUGUUGUUUGUGUCAAUAUUUCAUUGAUGAAAAUUCAAGACAAUUACGUGAUGUAAAUGAU